AUGUCGAAGCUUCCCAGUGAUUGUUUAUCAGAAAUAUUUUCUUAUCUAGAGAAUGAUAUGAGCACUUUACAUAGUUGUAUAUUAGUUAAUAGAUUAUGGUGUGAGAUAGCAAUAAAAUAUUUAUGGAAACAACCAUUUGAUCUAACCGUUAAAACAUCAAUGAAUUCAAUAUCAAAAUUUCCUAAUAUUUCGUUUAAAAGUUCAUUAAAGUAUUUAAACUUUCGUAAUUUAAUGAUUGUGAUUGCAAUAUGGGCGAAUUGCACUGAAAAAAAUCCAUCAUUGGUUGAUCAAGAGGUGGUUGCAGAGAUAUUGGAAAGAAGGGUUACAAGAGAAUUUAUAAGAUCUUCCUCAAGCUAUUUGAAUAAUGAGUGUAUAUUAAGUAAGUUAAUUGAUAAUGUGGGCAGAUUAGUUAUAUUACAAAUAAAAAAAUUGGAUUCAAUCUCAAUGUUUACAACCAACAACAACACCAAAUCAUUUUUUUGGAAUCUCUACGAUAAUCUACAUGUUUGCUAUCCGGAAAUUAGCAAUAGAUGUUUUUCAUACAUCAACAGGUUUGAAUGGACAGCUGGAAAUCAAGGAACAAAAUUCUUGGCAAAUCUUUGCAAUACUUCACAUAAUAUAAAAGUGAUCAAGAUUGAUUGGGAUGAUAAAUGGUUUGCUAGGGAUGAUGAAAAUUUAGAUAAAAAAAAUGAUGAUUUGCUGGUGAAUCUGAUUAAAAAUCAACAUGCAUUGGAAGAAUUUCAUUUUUUCUUUAAUAUACAAAAAAACAUUCCAAAAAUAAUUGAAGGGCUUCACCACCAAUCAAGCCAUUUAAGAAGGGUGGUUCUAAAAAGAAACAGGAUUUAUGAUAAAGCAUAUAUGACAAAAAUUUUAAAUUUGGAGGGAUUGGAGGAUUUGACUAUUAAAUAUUGCUGGCUUGAAUCAGGAGAAAAUUAUUACAAAUCAUCAAUGCUGAAAGAAUUUAUUUAUGAUGAGAAUUAUUUUAGAGUGGACUUUGAAAGUAUUGCAUUGUAUAUUUCAACACAUUUUAAAAACUUGGUUUAUUUGGAUUUAUAUAUUUACAUUAGAGUUUCUUCAUUAUCAGAAAUAUUAUUAUCAUGUAAAAAGCUUGAAAAAAUCAUUAUCAAAGAUAGGAAUUGGUCACAACACUGGCAUGAUGAAAAUAAUCAGAACCUAGAUAAAUUGAUGCAAGAAAUGGUUUUAACAAAUUUGAAACAUUUAGAACUGAAGGGAGUUUUCCAUUUUACAGCAACAUCGUUAGAUAUUUUUUUGAGAAAAUCAAAUCCACCACUUGAAGUGAUGGAAAUAAUUGGUUCCUAUUGUUUUGGAAAUGAUCAUAUUGAGGUUUUGUUAGAAUUGCUAAAUGUAAAGCUGCAUAAACUUCAUAUAACAACGACGAUAUGUCCAAAAAGGAAUAUAAAAUCGAGAGCAAAUAAAAUCAUUAGAGACUUUAAAUAUGUAUAUAUCAAACCAAAGAAAACCGACACAAGACUUCUUUACAUCAACCAACAAUAUCCUAAUACUAGAUCUAGAAAAAAACUUGAAGUUGGUUUGAUAAAUUGA